AGCAAUGAAUUCACUCCAAAGGAAGGGUCCCCAUAUGAAGCCCCUGUCUACAUUCCUGAAGACAUUCCAAUCCCACCUGACUUCGAGCUGAGAGAGUCUUCAGUCCCUGGAGCAGGAUUAGGGAUUUGGGCCAAGAAGAAGAAUGAAGUAGGAGAAAGAUUCGGUCCCUAUGCUGGGAUUCAAAGGGUGACACUGAAGGAUCCGAACUUCGGAUGGGAGAUUGUUGACGAGCUGGGGAAUGUAAAAUUCUGCAUUGAUGCAAGUCAGGCUGGAAGUGGGAACUGGCUCAAGUACAUCCGGUCGGCACGUUCCUAUAACCAACAAAAUUUAAUAGCAUGUCAGAUUAAUGAUCAGAUUUACUAUAAAGUAAUUAAAGAGGUAAAAUCGGGUGACGAGCUGCUGGUUUUUAUGAAGGACGGCGUCUAUCCUGAUGGGACAAUGCCACCAAACCUUGAUGACGAACAGCGAUACCGAUGUGGAGACUGCGACGAGCUCUUCCGCUCGAAAGUGGCAUUGCGGCGGCACCAGGCCUACGCCUGCAACAACGUUAAUGCCAUCUUCACCACCAUCAACGAAGAGUUCAAGCAGAACCAGCUGGGUGACGGGCCGCUUCACGAGUGUAAAGACUGUGACCGGAUAUUCCCCAACGAGUACAGCCUGGAACAACACAUGAUCAUUCACAGUGAGGAACGUGAAUAUAAAUGUGACCAAUGUCCAAAAGCUUUCAACUGGAAAUCCAAUCUGAUUCGUCAUCAAAUGUCACAUGAUAGUGGCAAACGCUUUGAAUGUGAAAAUUGUGAUAAGGUCUUCACUGAUCCAAGCAACCUCCAGCGGCAUAUCAGGUCUCAGCAUGUGGGAGCCCGGGCACACGCUUGCCCUGACUGUGGAAAAACCUUUGCCACCUCGUCUGGAUUAAAGCAGCACAAGCACAUACACAGCAGCAUUAAGCCUUUCACCUAUAGGAGGCAGGGACAAGCAUGGACACAGAGUGAUGGUGAGGUUUGUCACAAAUCGUACACCCAAUUCUCCAACCUUUGUCGACAUAAACGGAUGCAUGCCGAUUGCCGGACGCAAAUAAAGUGUAAAGACUGCGGCCAAAUGUUCAGCACAACCUCUUCAUUGAACAAGCACCGCAGGUUCUGUGAGGGCAAGAACCAUUACAAUCCCAGUUCUAUGUUUCCACAAGGUCUGCCACUUACUCCCAGUGCCAUGCUGGACAAAUCGAAACCAACAUCCACCCUUAACCAUACUUCACUAGGAUUCAAUGAUUACUUCCCUUCACGCCCACACCCUACGGGAUUGCCUUUCUCACCACCUGCUGCAUUUCCUUCCCUUGCUCCAGGUUUCCCCGGCCUUUUCCCCCAUUCCUUGUAUCCCAGGCCCCCUCUAUUGCCGAGCAACCCGUUGUUGAAAGGCUGCUUAAAUCAUGAUUUGGAUGGAACAGUCCAAAGCCCCAUGGGGACUCCCUCUGUGUCGCAAGCAUCUUCCCUCGUGUCGACGUUCAACGACAGAGUUGGUCCUUUAGAAGAAAAAUCCAACAUACGACCUGAAAACUGCUACACUGAGAAAAGCAAAGGUAAAAACAGUGACUUAUCAGAAGGUAGUGACUUUGAAGAUGUGAAUACAACAAGUGGGACUGACCUGGACACAACCACGGGCACUGGGUCUGAUUUGGACAGUGAUGUGGAGAGUGAUCGAGAUAAAAAGAAGGAAAAGACCAACCUGACGGCCAAAGCGGCCGACAAAGUCUCCACCAACUCAACCAAUGAAAUUAAUGAGCGAACCUAUCUUCCAUCCCAACAUUCCUUCUUUCCUCCUCCAGAUGAGCAGAACCUACCGACUAAUGCUGCUAAUGAUUCCAUUAAAGCUAUUGCCUCAAUCGCGGAGAAGUACUUUGGCACUGGGUUCAUGGGAAUGCAAGAGAAGAAAAUGGGGUCGCUUCCAUACCACUCAAUGUUUCCAUUCCAGCUCCUCCCAAACAUCCCACAUUCCAUAUACCCUUUCACGGACCGAAACCUCAAUCCCAACCUCUUAGUGAAGAAUGAGCCAAAGUCACCCAGGGAGCAUCAGAAAAGUGGGAGCGCCAGCUCCGAGUCACCCUUUGACCUCACCACAAAACGGAAAGAAGCGAAGCCCCAUCCAACAUCCAAGCUCAUGGCAUCUGCCCUUCCUGGAGAGGAGCAGCCUCUGGACCUGAGCAUAAGCAGUCGCAGCCGGGUCAGUCAGAAUGGCCCUGGGGAGCCCCGAAAGAAUCAUGUGUUCGGUGACCGCAAAAUGACGAUCAGCGAUGAGAUGCCCAAGAUGUCACACCAGCAACCCUUUCAUUACGCAAAGCCAUCACCUUUCUUCAUGGAUCCUAUUUACAGCUGGAACCACCUGCAUUACACAGCGGUGGAGAAAAGGAAAAUGAUGGAUCCCCUGAACUCACUGAAGGAAAAGUAUCUGCGCCCGAACCCACUUCUGUUCCACCCUCAGAUGGCUGCUAUGGAAACCAUGACAGAAAAGCUAGAGAGUUUUGGCACACUGAAACUGGACACCAUGGGCACUCUACAACCCCCUCCUCAUCACUCAUUCAACUUCCGAUCACCACCAUCCACACUGUCUGAUGCCAUCCUUCGCAAAGGAAAGGAGCGUUACACAUGCAGGUACUGUGGGAAGAUUUUUCCAAGAUCAGCAAAUCUUACUCGGCAUCUCAGAACGCACACAGGAGAACAGCCGUAUAGGUGUAAAUACUGUGACAGGUCGUUCAGCAUCUCUUCAAACCUGCAAAGGCACGUCCGCAACAUCCACAACAAAGAGAAGCCGUUCAAAUGUCAUUUGUGUAACCGUUGCUUUGGGCAGCAAACCAACCUUGAUCGCCACCUCAAGAAACACGAGAACGAGAGCAUUCCAGUGAGCCAACAUUCUGGGGUUUCAUCCAACCACCUGGGCACCACCGCUUCUUCGCCGAACUCCGAGCUUGACAAUACUGCACUUUUGGAGGAAAAGGAGGAGUCAUACUUCUCCGAAAUCCGGAAUUUCAUUGGAAACAAUGACCUCAGCCAGGCGUCCAGUUCAGCUGACAAAAGGCAUGAGGCUCAAAGUGGCCACCAAGAGCCAGAUCAUCCACUGACCAAUCAGAAAGCAGAAGAGGCAGAUGACGAGGACGAUGAGGAGGAACUUGAGGAAGACGAUGAAGAGGAGGAUGAGAGCAUGACAGAAAAAUCCCAGGAUGACCCUGUUUCACCGAAGACUGAUGCCAGAGUCCAGUAUAGAGAAAAUGAAGAGGAACAUCAUGCCCCACUCACCCUGGGUUAUGAGCAGGCUCACAGACUUAUGCCAUGAUGCUUUCAUUCUCUGAGAAUGCUUCCCUCCAUCCAUCGUCCCAGAACUCUCUGGAUGCUUGGCUGAACAUAGCAGGAGCUACACCGGAGUCGGGAACCUUUCAUCCAAUCAACCACGUGUGAGAGAGAGAGAGAGACAGAGAGAGAGAGAGAGAGACAGAGAGAGAGCUCCAGCAAAGCGUGAUGUGGGCCUGACGUAGCUGGGCAGGGCGGGGCUG